CAAUACUCUCUCUCUCUCUCUCUUGUCUCUCACUCACACAAAGUUUGCACCUUUAUUUUUUCUUUUCUUAUCCCCCUUUUGCAGAAUUAGGGUUUUGAAAUGUGGAGGGAGAAUGGAACCCUCUGAAGCUAGCUCCGUCCCCACAAACCCCACUAACGAUUCCCAAAACGACGACGCUUCUUCAGCUCUCCAACCUUCGCUGCCUUCUUCUAAUGGCGAUCCGGAUCUUGAUCCUGCACCGACUGAUCUCGAUCAGGCGGCCCAAGGGGUCAGAGAGAUUGAGGAACAGUUUGGGGAGAUGGGUUUGAAGGAAAACAAAGAGGAAAAUGAAGAGGUUGUGGAAUCGGGUUUGAAAGAGAAGGAAGAAGAAGAUGGGGCUGAGGGAGAUUCUGAUGGAGGAGAAAGAGAGAGAAAGGAGGAGAAUGGGAAAAGUGAAGAAGAAGAAGAGAGUGAUGGAGGAGAGAACGAGAACGAGAAUGGGAGUGAAGUGGAAGUAGAAGGUAAUGGUGAUGAGCUGGAGAAGAACAAUGAGGGUGGUGGUAGUAAUAGAAGGAAUCAGUAUCCUGUUAGACCCGAAGCUGAAGAUUGUUCUUUUUACCUCAAGACUGGAACUUGUAAGUUCGGAUCCAAUUGCAAGUUCAAUCACCCUGUUCGAAGGAAAAACAACCAGGUUGCUAAGGAGAAGGUGAAGGAACAGGAAGAGUUACCAGAGAGGCCUGGCCAGACAGAAUGCAAGUAUUAUUUAAGAUCAGGGGGAUGUAAGUUUGGAAAAGCUUGUAGAUAUAACCACACCAAGGGAAAAACUGCAGCAGCUUCAGUUCUAGAGCUUAACUUUGUGGGCCUGCCAAUCCGAAUGGGGGAGAGAGAGUGCCCCUACUAUAUGCGAACUGGUUCCUGCAAGUAUGGGGCAAACUGCAGGUUUAAUCACCCUGAUCCAACAGCUUCAGGAGGAUUUGACCCUUCUUCAGGAUAUGGUAAUGGUGAACCUGUUUCAUUGCCAGGUGCGCCACAAUCUCCUAUAGCAUCAUGGUCUUCACCAAGAUCUUUGAAUGAGACUGCUCCCUUUGUGCCGAUGAUGCUUUCACCAACUCAGGGGGUUCCUCCUCAAAAUUCAGAAUGGAAUGGUUAUCAGGCUCCAGUAUAUCUACCACCAGAAAGGACCUUGCCUCCACCUCCACCGCCACCAUAUGUUAUGAACAGCCCAGUGGCUGAAUCCAAUAUCUACACACAUCAUCAACCUCUUAAGCAAAUUGAGGAAUUCCCAGAGCGACCUGGACAACCUGAAUGCAGUUACUUCAUAAAAACUGGGGACUGUAAGUUCAAAUCUAAUUGCAAAUAUCACCAUCCAAAGAAUCGGACCACGAUGUCAAACCAGAUUGCUCUUAGUGACAAGGGCCUGCCUCUAAGACCUGAUCAGAACAUCUGCACGUACUACAGUCGCUAUGGCAUUUGCAAAUUCGGGCCAGCUUGUAAGUUUGAUCACUCAGUACACCCACCUCCGUCAAAUAUAUCUGGACUAGGCCAUCAACAUCCGUACGGUGACUCAGCAACUAUGGAAAGGGCUGGAACAGCUGGGAGUAGAAACAGAAGUGAUUCUACAAUUCAGCAGCCGGUUUAAUGAGUUAUCUUGCAUGAAAUACCUGCUAGAGUUUAGGAUUCACUCUAUCAAGGAUUUGUAAUUUUCUUCUUUAACAUGAAAAUUCUAAUCAACUUUUUUGGUCCAGCUGCCACAAGCUUUUCAAAGGAUGGCACUUUUUAAGUUUGUCUGGUAAUUUUAAUUACGAUAGUUGUAUCAAAUCAGGAUAUGUAAAUUAUAUCUUAUUUAUAUAACUCACCAAACAAUACAAGCUGCAAUUGUGAUA